AACCACCCCCAAAUCUCUCUUUCUAGUCUCUUUCUCUUUCUUCAUAUCUUCUUCUUCCUAAUCCUCCUGUAUGUAAAUGAGGUUACUUCUGCUUCUGCUCAUGAAAACUCUCACUCUCUUCAACAAACUCCUCUGAAAAAUCCCAAUCAAAAACCUCAAUCAAUAACCAGUCCAAAGCAGAAGAAGCGGAAGCGGAAGAAGAACAAUAAGCAUGUACUUGUCGUCGGAGAAGCCACGGCCAAUCAAUUUCUACAAGGAGGAAGAAAGCCGCGAAAUGAUGAUCGAGGUCGUCUCCAAUGGCGGCGACAUCUCCACCCACCAACAACCGCCGCCGUCGCAGAUGGUGGUCGGCGACAGCAGCGGCGGGGAGGACCACGAAAUCAAGGCCCCGAAGAAGCGCGCCGAGACGUGGGUCCAGGACGAGACUCGGAGCCUGAUCGCUCUCCGCCGCGAAAUGGACGGCCUUUUCAACACCUCCAAGUCGAACAAGCACCUGUGGGAGCAGAUUUCCGUCAAGAUGCGCGAGCGAGGGUUCGAUCGCUUGCCCACCAUGUGCACAGACAAGUGGAGGAACUUGCUCAAGGAGUUCAAGAAGGCCAAGCACCACGACAGAGGCGGCGGAGGCGGGUCCACCAGUGGGUCUGCCAAGAUGUCUUAUUACAAGGAGAUUGACGAGAUUUUGCGAGAGAGGAACAAGAUUAACGCGCAUUACAAGAGUCCCACUCCUCCUCCUAAGGUCGAUUCCUUUAUACAAUUCUCCGAUAAAGGUAUUGAGGAUGCAAACAUCUCUUUCGGUCCGGUUGAAGCGUGUGGCAGGCAAACUCUCAAUCUUGAAAGACGCCUGGACCACGAUGGACACCCUCUUGCCAUCACGGCAGCUGAAGCAGUCGCAGCAAGUGGAGUUCCGCCUUGGAAUUGGCGAGAGACCCCUGGAAAUGGUGGGGAUGGUCAGUCAUUCGGUGGAAGGGUUAUAUCAGUCAAGUGGGGGGAUUAUACAAGGAGGAUAGGAAUUGAUGGCACUGCAGAGGCCAUCAAAGAAGCUAUCAAGUCGGCGUUUAGGUUGAGAACAAAACGUGCGUUUUGGUUGGAGGAUGAAGACCAGAUCAUUCGAAGUCUCGAUAGGGACAUGCCUUUAGGAAAUUACUUGCUUCAUGUCGAUGAAGGGUUGGUAAUCAAAGUGUGCUUGUACGAUGAAUCAGAUCAUAUGCCGGUGCAUACUGAGGAGAAGAUCUUUUAUACCGAAGAUGAUUACCGUGAUUUUUUGACUCGCCGGGGCUGGACAUGUCUGAGGGAAUUUGAUAACUACAGAAACAUUGAUAACAUGGAUGAUCUUAGACCUGGUGGUAUUUAUCGUGGUGUGAGUUGAGGCCAGCACGAUCUCAUUUGUAUUGCCCAGGAAAAUGCGUUGUUUAAUAUGUUUCUCAACUCCACAGAAAAAGAUAAAAGAGAUCCCUCAUGCUGAUUUGGAAUCAUUUUUAUCACUCGUAUAUAAAUGAUGUUUCAACACGAAUAUCUGGAUCAAGUUUGUAAAUAUGUGUACCGUCUCAGUAGUAUCAGAGGAUUUCCAAAUUCAAACACCUCUGAGUUUUUUUGUUAAGUUAUAAAUCUUGUUUCUUUGCCGUUCAUACUUUACUUUUUAGUAGAUAGAAAUUAGAAUCAGAUUACAGUGUUGAAACUUUGAAACAGUCCAAGCAACUAACUUGAGAAAGUUUAUGUG